AUGGGCAAGAACACCCUCUCACAAGACCUCCACUUCGAAAAGAAGAACAAAGACAUGAUCAAGCUCCCAAAAUGUCCGUCCUCCCUCAACCCUUCCACUACCCUAACCCCAAACCUAACUAACACAUCCAUUCCAGACGCCCGAGUCCACAAACGCCCCAUCCCGCACGCCCCGGUCGCCUCACCGUACGCCGGCGCCUCCGUCCCGAAAAUCGUCUAUGUCUCGACCUCCUCUCCCUUCAUGAGCGCCGUGAAGCGCGUACAGAAACUCCUCCGGCAGGCCGAGAAACGCGCCGCCGCAUCCGUGGAACUGUCGAAUCCCAAAAAGCGGGACCAGCAGAAACUCGCGCAGAUCGCGCGCGGGCAGGACGAGCUGCGCACGGAGGAGGUGUUCGUUAAGGCGACAGGGCGCGCGAUCGAGAAGGCGCUCGGCGUGGGGCGGUGGUUCGAGCAGCGCGGGGAUGAGUAUGCGGUGCGCGUGAAGACCGGGAGCGUGCUUGUCGUGGAUGAUGUCGAGGAGGACGAGGACGCGAAGCGGAAGGCGUUGGAAGAAGCGGAGAGGUCCCAACAACAGCAGCAGGGGGUAGCGGGGGGGACUGCCGGAGAAGACGGUGCAACUGCAGAUUCUCAGACGGAGAUGACGGUGUCCAAAUCUGCAGCGAAGAAACGCAAGCGCGCGAUUACGGCUGCCGCGGCGACGGAGGCCGAGUUGCCCGAAUCGCGAACGCGAUGGGUCAAUAUGGUUGAGAUUGCUGUGUCGUACAAAUGA